GUAAGAUUUUUUGAUAAUUUCGUUGUUAGCCGUUGGAGUUCGUCGCCGCCAGUGAUAGAGUGCGAAAACGUAAUGUAUAUAAAAGUGAAAGAGCUACACAAAAGUUAAGUGCGUCGCGGAUUGUGAUCCUGAGUGAAAAGGAUACAGAAAUCAAGUACAAUUUAUACUGGUUUUGUGAAUAUUGUGAGUGUUAAAAGUGUCUGCCGGGACUCACUUUAUAUUUCUUGAAACAUAAGUUAUAUAAGGAUACUAAUAAAAUGUUGUUCAACUUGUGCAACAAAUCAGAGGGCGUUUUCAACAGCGCCUAUCGCAUGCAAUUAUUGGCGGCAGUAAGUGUAACCAUCAUAACCUUUUGCAAUGGCAUUGGCAUUGGCUGGUUCGCGCCCAUGCUGGCUAAAUUGCAAUCGCCCACCGAAAGUCCGCUUGACUUUGUCGCUACGGUGGAGCAAGGUUCGUGGAUUGGUGCACUGAUUUGCCUUGGUGGCCUCACUGGAAAUUUAAUCUUUGGUGUGCUGGCGGUUCACACCGGUCGUAAAUGCUGCAUUUACCUUCUCGCAAUACCGCAUAUGUGCUUUUGGCUUUUAGUCUAUGUGGCGCCAUCCAUUGAAUACCUGUAUGCUGCACGUUUUGCUUCCGGUUUGACUGGUGGUGGCACCUGGGUUGUAAUACCGAUUUACAUCGGGGAAAUCGCAGAUCCAACUAUACGCGGUCGUCUUACCUCACUAUUUACACUAUCCCUCAACGGGGGCAUGUUGUUUGGCUACAUUCUCUCUUCAUAUGUACCCUAUCACAUUAUACCGAUGGCGGUGAUAUUGCUGCCUGUACUCUAUCUGCUAAUCGCAAUCUACUUUCCCGAAACGCCCUCGUAUCUGUUGCAUUGUGGAAAGGAGGAGGAAGCUGAGAAAUCGUUGAAAUUUUACUUGAAUUACAAAGCUUUAACUAAACUGGAGACUGAACAAUUCAAUAUUAAAUAUGCGGAAUUGAAAAGCGCCGUGAAACAACAGAGAGCACAAUCGGAUGCGGUCACACUGCGCGACUUCUUCACGAAGCGCUCUCUACACGCCUUUUCUAUCGCCAAUACAGUCGCUCUCAUUAACAUUGCGACUGGCAGCUUCGCAUUGCUCAGCUAUAUGACCACCGUUUUUGUGGCUGUUAAAACCGAUAUUCAUCCUGACACGAACACAGUCAUCAUUGGUGUGGUUCAAAUUCUAGGCGCCUAUAUUGCCAUGAUUUUGGUCGACCGUUUUGGACGCAAAGUAUUACUCCUGAUUUCCACAGCUUCCACGUGCAUUUUCUUGACAGCUUUCGGUACGUACGCAUUCUUCGUUGAAGGUACAAAUGUGGAUCUAACACCAUAUAGCUCGUGGUUGCCACUCGUACUCAUGGCGUUGAUUAUACUCACAGCGAAUGUGGGACUUAUACCAGUGCCUGCAGUUCUCAUUGUCGAGAUUUUGCCGACAAAGAUUCGUGCAAAGGGUGUUUCGUUUUGUAUGGCAUUAUUGAGCAUCUUUGCCUUUAUCAUGCUGAAAGUGUUCCCACCAUGUAUGGAAGCUUUUGGUUUAGCAACGACAAUUUGGGCUUUUGCGGCAUUCUCUGCUUUCGGUCUGCUGUAUAUAGCAAUAAUUGUGCCAGAGACAAAAGGAAAGUCCAUGAACGUAGUCGAAGACUAAUAGUAGAGUUUGCUGUAUAUUUCUUUUCCAAAAAUAGCAAGUCAAAAGGGGCAUAAAUACACAAAAUUUGACUACAGUAUGUUAGUGUUAUCAGCUUAUCACAUCAUAACUGUAGAAGUAUGUUUGUAUAUAUGCAUUAUAAGUAUGGAAAGUUUUGGCAAGAUAUUGCAUCAUUUUGUGUAUUUAAAGCCAACAUGACUUAGUUCUUCUUAAUGUGAUAUUAUAUAGUUUUAGAGUUCAGAAUUUUUUAAAAAUAUGUAGAAUAAUAUAAAUUAAAAUAGCAAUAAUAAUAAUUAAUCAGUUUGGCGGAAACUUUUAGCUCUCGCUUUACAAAUGGAAAGGUCUACGAGUUGCAUAAGAAUGUGAACCAGAUUCCCCGUGCUACGUUUUUUUUCGAACAGAAUUCAAAAUGUGUUAGAAUCCGGAUUUAUUCUUCGUCGAUUUUAAUUGAAAAACAUAAUUACAAGGCUUACUUUGCAUUGCACAAUGAAAUCCUAUUUGGCACAACAAUCUAUUAAGGAAGUUCGAAUAUAAACUUGUUCAGCCCUGAAUCAUACAUUCAACAUGACAUACUUGUAUGUAUGUAUGUAAAUUCAACAGCUUUCUUCAACUCAGCAAAGGAGAAAGGAACACUUGGCAUGAUCAAGUCAAAAGUCUUAUUCGAAAAGAAAUCAAACAUAUAGAAUAGUUUUCGGCUUUGGGUUGUGAACUUUGACAUAACUUUAGCCAUUAACUCCAGGCCAUUAAAAACCUAGAGCAUAAAGAUUUACAAAGCAUACACUGCGCGUGCCAAAUACAGUGUCUAAGUGAAAAUGUCUGAUGACCCUCAGACCUACCAAACAACGGAGCAACAUACACCAACAAAAUACCGACGUACGGAAGUGUACUUGAAUGAUUUUAAGUGGAAAUGUAAACAAAAGGAACUUUUACGA